CCCUUUCCAUCUCUUAUAUGUAUAUCCAUCUUUCUUUUUUAUUUUUCGUUUCUCUCCAUCUGUUCUCCUUUUCAAUUCCUCCAAAAAUAUUAUUACUACAGUUGGCAUUGACCAUGGAAGAUCAUGAAGAUGAAUACUGCAACACAGGGCUCGGUCUUAAACUGGGCAUGACUCACUAUGUGCCAAAAGGGCCAAAGAGGCGCAAUAACGACAAGUCUAGGGUGUGCUUGGACCUCUCCUUUACCCUUUGCCCUAAGGAACAAGAAGGAAAAGGAAAAGACGAAGACGAAGAAGAAGAAGAAGAAAAGUCCAUCAGCAUACGAGGGUCAAGUUUCAAAUCAGUUCAUCAUCAAGACGAUGAAGAGCAUGCAAAUGAUAAAGGAAACGACUUCAUUAGCAUAAACAAGAACAGUAGCAGAAAAAAACUGAAGCUGACUAAAGAACAAUCCACUUUGCUCGAGGACAGCUUCAAGCUGCAUACCACUCUCAAUCCCAUACAGAAGCUUGAACUUGCUGAGCAGUUGAAUUUGACAGCAAGACAAGUUGAAGUUUGGUUUCAGAAUAGGAGAGCAAGGAUCAAACUGAAGCAAACAGAGGUAGACUGCGAAUUCUUGAAAAGAUGUUGCGAGAGUUUAAGAGACGAAAAUACUAGAUUGAAGAAAGAAUUGCAACAAUUACGCUCUCUAGAACUCACCCGAGGAUCUCCUUUGUGUCUCCAUCUUCCAAUGUGCCCGUCCUGUGAGAAAGCCGCUGCUUUUGGACGUGGUCCUCACCGCCAGCAAUAAAUAUCGUAGCCCUCUAAAUUAAAGAUUUUAUUAAUAAUGGGGUUUGCAUUAUAACCUAAUAGUUAAGUUCCAAACUUUAAUCGUAAUUCAAUCUUUAUAUUUAGAACUAGUAUUUGAAAGGUGUGUUACA